AUGAACGGUUUUGGUGAAGCAGAAGAAGUCACCACCACUGAGGAGGAUAUCAUGUCAGACGCAGCGCCAGCCGCCGCCGCCGCUACUGCUAUCGCUGAUUCCGCUGACGGGCCGCCACCGCUACCGCUGAUUCCGCCGAUGGAUCCGACUGGCCACCAUGUCGUCGUGACGCCAGACGCGUGGUCACAACCGGCACAGGCCGCCGCGCAAACCCAGGGCGCCGACACUGGCGUAACCACGAUUUCGGCCGUCGGCGAUCCCCAUCUCCAAAACGUGCAUGGUCAACGAUUCGAUUUGAUGAAGAAGGGCACACACAUUUUGAUACAGAUCCCUCGCGGAGAAUCCGCUAGAAGCACAUUGCUUCGCGUGGUGGCCGAUGCGUCCCGAUUGGGUAGACGUUGUGCUGAUAUAUACUUCCAGCGGCUGAAUGUCACAGGGGCCUGGGCAGAUCAGAAACAACGGGGAGGGUUCCACUACGAAUCACGAAGCCUUAUCAACAAAACUUCGACAUGGCUCGGAUUUGGCAAGGUCGACCUGAAAAUUACUCGUGGACGCACAAGAGAGGGAGUCGAGUACUUAAACUUCUAUGCCAGGCAUCUGGGGCGAGCAGGGUUUGUUGUCGGAGGGCUGUUGGGCGAGGACGACCACACAGACGCGACCACGCCUUCGGUUGAGUGUCUCAAGCGUCUUUCCCUUCAUCGGCCCAGCGCCAGAAAGAGAAUCCACGCCGUGAAUGAGCAGAACUCCUCCGCGGUCUCGGUUGCCGUAGCCAGUUUCAAAUGA